AUGUUUCAGGUGAGUGCUCAAGAGAACACCUGGGAGACCUGGAAGAGUUCUACCUCUCCACAGCUCGAGAAAGAGAAGGAUGCCAUCUCGAGUGCAUUGUCGGAUGUGGUGCAGCGCCACGGUUUUGGGACUUGCUCCGAUUUUCUCCAGGAGCAUGGUGGACGCUAUUUUUUGGAGCACCAACAUCACGAGUUCGUUUUCGACUUGCAGAAUGGAACAAACUGUUACGCCACGUCUUCUCUCAGUCCGCAUUGGGGACAAGUCCUGCUCUUAUUAGAGCAAGCCUGCACCAGUUGGCAUGCACCAUCUGGUCAGCUAACACAGUUGAGUCGGCCAGUAUGCGGAUUGUUGGGCCAGCGGCUGUACUUCAGUGGCAUAACAGACGACGACUUUAUAGCCGAGGUCUUUGGGACUGGGCUCGGGAUGCCACCUUGGACUGGCUCGGUUUUGAAGUGGGCUACCGAGCAUACACUCACGUGGAGCUGCUACCCUCAGCUAUGGAACCAGUAUGUGGAGAAGACGAUCGAGAGGGGAAGACAGUCGGCGACGGCGACGAUAAGAAGGGAGGGGGAGGACCCGGAAAGCCCGGAAAACCAGCUGAUGAUGUUGUCUGCAACUCGAGAGGGGAUGGUGAAGGCCAUGACGGAGGCAUGCCGGGAGCUGUAUCCAAUUCUGGAGGAUCUGGACCUGGUGUUCCACAUGCUGGGGAAGAAGGACAAGGCCAAGAACCCAUUCUUCAACAUCUUGACAGUGGAGAACAUCCAACGGGAGAUGAGCGGGCUGCCACCAAUCAAGGCGAAACACAAGUUCUUUGCGAAAUCAAGAAAAUCUAUGGUGAGCCUAGCGCUAGCAAAAGCUGUGUCCCUUAUGAGAGCGGUGCACCUAUGGACAACUGCUUCGCCAUCCGAGAAGAUGAUAAGGGAGUACGCUAUGUUGGAAUCCAUGGUAGGUCCCCUGCCCGCCGAGCCCGUAAUUUACUCAAAUGACAUCACAAACAUUGUGGCGGCAGGAAAAGAGAGGACUGAUCAGAAGACUGCCAAUUUCCCAUUUGAGCCCACCACAGAAGACAAACAAAAGAUAGGUGAGGUGCUCAAUCAUGCAAUGGGAUAUAAGGGCAACCGGAAAUACCAUGUGUUUUCAAAGGAGCAGAUUGAUGAGGUGAUGGAGGAUUUUUUCCAUUUGUCGAGGUGGAACUCCAAGAAGUGGACGGAACAGCGCUUUGAAAACACAUUCAAUCAGUUGCUCAGGCAGGUUGAUCCCAGGUAUAAGACGAGAGCAAAAAUAAAGCUGGAGCCGAUGGGCACACGCGCAGACGGGUCUGCCAAACCACCCCGUCUGCUCAUUGCGGACGGGGAUCACGGGCAGAUUAUGUCACUACUCACGAUCGGAGUGUUUGAGAAGUUGCUCUUCAAGAAAUUUUACCACCGCAGCAUAAAAGGACGGUCAAGACGCAAAGCGUUACAGGAUGUGGUGAAGUAUUUGAGGCCCUCCAAGAAACACGUGGGAACCACGAUGCGCGGACCUUUUGCACCCAUGGUUGAAGGAGACGGUUCGGCGUGGGAUUCUUGCUGUUCAAAAGGAUUGAGGGACCUCAUAGAAAAUCCCGUGCUAAAACACAUCGCGACGCACCUCCUUGAGUAUUUCGUUGUCCCACCACGGUGGGAGGAGGAGCACGGGAAGACAAACGCUGCACCUAAGUACUUGCUUGAGUUUAAGGACAAACUCAUCACUUACUUUGUGCAAUUGAAGGGCAUCCGACGCUCUGGUCACCGUGGAACAUCGUGCUUGAAUUGGUGGAUCAACAUGGUGAUGUGGAUAUGCUCAAUGUCGAGCAAUCCUUGGGUAAUGCUGUUUGAGAGGCAAGACACGUGCAAGGACAUCAAUGGCAACAACAUCUGGAUGAGGUUGGUCUUGGAGGGGGAUGAUUCACUUGCACGAAUAUGUACACAUUUCUUGUUGGACGACCAGCUCGAUUUAGAAGGCACCUUCGUGCCUGACCUUGUUCGCAAUUUGGGCAACAACGUGUCGACCACACCUGGAACGCUGCAAGCAUUUGAGAACGGGAAAUUUGUAAGACUCAGAAAAACAUCCGCAGCCGCAGCGCUUUCCAGAUCAUUAGACUACGCUGGCAUUCUCCCACAACUUUCCAUGAAAUAUUUGCAGUACGCGAACGAGUGCUUUGCCGGCGACUUUGUUGAUGAGGAUCUCUCCUAUUUGGCCUCCGGAGAGGGAUGCAUGUCUUCGCACAAUGUUGUCCAGAUCAUCAACAAGUUGAAUUGUGGUGUUGACAUUCUUAAAGAAACCAAGACAGACGGAAAAGAUCACACCAAGGAACCAACGUAUGUGCUUGAGGGAAAACCUCAGAAUUGCGAGUUUGAGAUUCUACGGAAGAUGAAUGGGACUGACGUGGAAGCUUAUGAGGCGCUGAUUAGCUUUCCCUUCAAAUUCGGCGACUUCAUACCGGACGGACGCUAUCAAGCGGUGUUGGGCCAUCCGAGCGGUGGCGGCCGGAGUCUCACCGGCGCGGGAUACACACCUUGCGCGGUCAUCCUCUGGGGUCGACUGGAAAGUUCCGCUGUACUUCGGAAGCCGCACGAAGAUUGA